AUGGAUUUCCUGCUCAGCUUAAUCGAUACAUUGUGCCAGUCACUUGAGGAUCUCUCCAAUGAAGAUCUUGUGGAAGCAGACAUUGCACUUACGUACUUGAAAGACGCUGGUUUUAAGGUGGAUUGGUUGGAGAAAAAGCUGGACAUAGUUAAAGACAAGAAGGAGAAAGAGCAGUCCAGUAAUCUUGCUCAGUUCAUAUAUAUAUUCCCUAAGCAAAUUUUAAGUAUUAUUGGGAACAAGGAUGGAGCAAAAUCUAAAACUCGUUAUUCUGAUCCUUAUGAGGGCACUACUGGCUACGCCUGUUGCCUUGGAGCUGUUCGCAAUGCAGUCAAACAUGAAGACUUGUCUGUGCUUUUUCACUACGAAGGGAUGCAAUGGUUUUAUCCAAUGACAAUGGACUUGGCUUAUACAUCUGUGGUUUUGCUUCCAAAAUUUCUUGACAAAGAUAGUGGCUUCCUUGUAAACGAUCAAGUGAAGAUUGUUGUGGAGGUUGAUGCUCUUCAAGAUAUACCAGUGGAAACUGAGAAGACAGAGGAAAAUGAUUGUGUUUUGCUGAAGGAAGGUUCAUCAAUAAUGGAAAGCAUUGAUGUCAAUGGUUUUCAUGUUUUUCCUUCACAAGUAGGAUAUGUGAGGCGUUUAUUUGAAAAGCACCCUGACAUUGCAGUUGAUUUUCGUGCAAAGAACCAACAUGUGAGGAACGCAUGCAUGAGUUCCCUUCUCGGCUUAAUUCAGACAUUGUGCAAAUCACUUCAAGAACUAUCCAAUGAAGAUCUUAUCGAAGCAGACAUUGCACUGAAAUAUGUGAAAGAUGCAGGAUUUAAGGUUGAUUGGCUGGAGAAGAAUCUGGACCAAGUCAAAGAAAAGAAGUUGAAAGAGCUGUCCGGUUUGGCCAUGCUCCAAGAAACUGAGGAAAAAGCACUGAGACUGAAGAGAAAGUUUGAAGAGCUUGAUGCUCUUGCUGAAGAGCAGAAGAAAGAGUUGUCAGCCACCAGAACUUCUCUCACCUUCGACGAUGUUGUUUGA